GCCUGACUGUGCCCUCCACACCACUCACUCCUGUCCUCUCACCUGACCCUCAGUUCCAGGUGACCAUCAGCCAUGAGGACCCUUGCUCUCCUCACUACUCUUCUCUUCUUGGCUCUCCAGACCCAGGCUCGGACCCUCCAAGAGACAGCUGACCAGGUUCCUUCCCAGGACGCCAGAAGCCAAGGACAGCCAGAAGCCAAGGACCAGGGUGAUCUUUGGGCUGAGGACCAGGACCAGGCUGGAGACGAUGACCAGGAUGUGGCCAUCUCCUUCACAGGAGAGGAACGCCUUGCUCGAGGUGCAGGUGAGACAUCAGCUAACCUGCAGUUUAGGUCUGUGACCCGAGAAUCCUUUCACCCUAACCUGGCAGGUAUUGUCUGCGGUAAGUGGAGAGUUCAUCUCUCAGAUCUCCAUGAGGCUGGCUGUGCCUCUCCUCUCUGUCUCUUCCCCACUGUGCCUGACCCUCCUCUUCCCUCCACAGAACCUGGGACAGGAACCUAUUGCUAUUGCACACUCAAAAAAUACUGCAAUUUCCCUGAAAAAAAAUCUGGGUCUUGCAAGUUGUAUAACCGUCGACGCAAGCUUUGCUGUCGCUAGGCUUUGUGACAGAGACCGGAAGCCCUUCGAGAUGCCACUGCAGACCUGAAGCAGUUUUCAGUCUUUGUACCUGUACCUUUUCUUCUUUCUCUCAUCAUAAUAAACUCCAAGCAAUAAACUCA